AUGGCGAGGAUGAGCGGUGGGCAGCAGCGCGUGCAGGCGCCGCGACGGAUCGGCGAGUACGAGGUUGGCGGCACGCUUGGCGAAGGGACGUUCGCGAAGGUGAAAUACGCGGUGCACGCGACGACGGGCGAACCCGUGGCGAUGAAAGUGCUGGAUAAGGAGAAGAUCAUUCGGCAUAAAAUGGUGGACCAGAUCAAGCGAGAGAUUUCUGUAAUGAAGCUCGUUCGGCACCCUAAUGUGGUGCGGCUGUAUGAGGUUCUCGCAUCUCGCACCAAGAUCUAUAUCAUUCUCGAAUUCGUCACAGGCGGAGAGCUCUUUGACAAGAUUGUGAACAAGGGUCGGCUGGAGGAGGAGGAGGCACGGCGGUACUUCCAGCAGCUGAUAGACGCCAUGGAGUAUUGCCACAGCAAAGGCGUGGCACACAGAGACCUCAAGCCGGAGAAUCUUCUGCUAGAUUCCAAGGAUAAUAUAAAGAUCUCGGAUUUCGGCCUCAGUGCCCUGCCUCAGCAAGUCAGG